AUGGAUUACAACUUGACCCUUCCCUCUGCCACUCCUCAAGGAAAUGAUUGUGACCUUUACGCACACCACAGGACGGCCAGGAUCGCGAUGCCUCUGCAUUACAGCAUCGUCUUCAUCAUCGGGCUUUUGGGGAACUUACUAGCUUUGGUGGUCAUCAUUCAAAACAGGAAAAAAAUCAACUCCACUACCUUAUAUUCAACCAAUCUGGUGAUUUCUGACAUACUUUUUACCACAGCUUUGCCUACACGGAUUGCCUACUACGCCCUUGGCUUUGACUGGAGAAUUGGGGACGCCUUGUGUAGGGUAACUGCGCUUGUGUUUUACAUUAAUACCUACGCGGGCGUGAACUUUAUGACCUGCAUGAGCAUUGAUCGUUUCUUUGCUGUGGUUCACCCUCUGCGAUACAACAAGAUGAAAAGGAUUGAACAUGCAAAAGGCAUCUGUAUCUUUGUCUGGAUGCUAGUGUUUGCUCAAACACUCCCACUACUCAUAAGACCCAUGUCAAAGGACGAGACUGGAAGGACUACGUGCAUGGAAUAUCCAAACUUUGAGGGGACGCAAGGCCUUCCCUGGAUUCUUCUCGGUGCGUGUCUAGUCGGGUACAUCCUCCCGCUCGUCAUCAUCCUCUUCUGCUACUCCCAAAUCUGCUGCAAACUCUUUAAAACUGCCAAACAAAACCCACUGACUGAGAAAUCUGGUGCAAACAAAAAGGCCCUCAACACCAUCAUUUUCAUAAUCAUCGUAUUUGUUAUCUGUUUCACACCGUACCACGUUGCAAUUAUCCAACACAUGAUCAAAAAGCUUCACUUUUCUGACCUCCUGGACUGCCGCCACAGACACUCGUUCCAGAUUUCUCUGCAUUUCACAGUUGGCCUCAUGAACUUCAACUGCUGCAUGGACCCUUUCAUUUACUUCUUUGCAUGUAAAGGGUACAAGAGAAGAGUGAUGAAGAUGUUGAGACGCCAAGUCAGUGUGUCCAUUUCCAGUGCCGUCAGGUCAGCCCCCGAAGACAACUCACGUGAAAUGACAGAAACCCAGCUGAUGAUACAUUCUAAGUCUUUAAAUGGAAAAUAA